UAUUAGCAACACAAGUUUGUUUUCUGUUUGCUUUUGCUUUCUCUUGAACUUAAUUAUUUUUUAUUAUUUUCCCUAAUUUUUUCGACAAAAACUGCCAGCCAUAUGCUGCUUUUCUUUCAGUAAUGGCGAAUCAGGAAAUCAGUUUAAAAUGGAACGGGUAUCAAAACAACAUUUUGACGAAUGUUAAGGGCUUGUUUGACGAUGAGGGGUUGUCGGACGUAACAUUGGUUUCCGAAGGGUUUAGCUUCAAGGCUCACAAAGUUAUUUUGUCAGCGAACAGUUCAGUGUUCAAGACAAUUUUCCAGCAAAACCCCCACAAGGAUCCUAUAAUAGUGCUUCAUGACAUCAACACGGCGUCGCUGCGGACGUUGCUGACGUUUAUGUACAAUGGGGAGGUGAAUGUGACCGAGGAAUUUUUGCCCAUGUUGCUGAAGACGGCAGAGGCGUUGAGGAUUUGUGGUUUAUCGACCGGAACUGAUACCACCCGAGAUGAUGAGAAACCAGCUAGUACUACCACUACAACUGCACAGCCAGCUAAAAAACGCAAGAAAAGCGAAACUGAAGAUAACAACAACAAAACCAAGAAAACGGCUCCGACACCACCGAAACCUGAUACUGGCACUAAUCUUAGCACAAUAGACUCCUUCAAAAAUAAUAAUCUUACGUUACAGAAUAUAGUGCCAAAACUGGAGCCCAUUGAUUCGCCGCUAACCGAUUACUCGGGAGAAAACACAAACGACACAGACAUCGCCCUCCUAGAUGAAAACGAGAAAAAAUACUCAACAAGCCCUGAAAGUUUCUCAAACAAAUCCGUCUGCACUACCGCCUCAGGAGAUCGUACCGUCAAAAAGUGGAUUAACGAAGUCAGCAGCACGCAACCUUGUCUGAACAUUAACGAAAAAGGCAUAGACAAUAUUGAUGAUGAUAAGGAAUGCAUCGAAAUAGACAAGGAAGUGGAGACAGUGUUACAGAGUGGAACUAUCGUUGAAUCUCUAAGCAUUACGACGGAAAACUUGAAUUCUGUGUCCAGCGAGGCGCAGAAUUGCAAAGAUAAAAACACGUGCUAUGCCAACCCGUCGUUUCCCUGUCCGUUUUGCCCUCGCGUGUACAACAGCUGGGGGUAUAGGAGGCGACACGUCAAAUCUAGACAUAUGACGAACAGAUUGUCCUGCAAAUGGUGCGUCUCCAUACUCCCAUCCACCGGUGCCUGGUACUCCCACGCCACCAGAGCCCACGGCGUGCCCCACGAAGAGGCCCGGAACUCCCUAGUAGUCAUGGUGGAGGCCCACGCAGUUCUAACCUUGAACGAGCCCAGCGUCGCCCAGUUAUUGGGACAAGUGGGGAUGGGAGAUGGUAACGCAGUGGAAAAGACUGCUUAAGGUAGGUUUUUUGAAUGUUUAUGAGCGGGCCCCGGGGCUAUUAUAGGUCUACUUAUCUCAGGCUGUUAGUAAAGUUGCACGGUGAUUUUGUAGUAGAAGGUAGCUGGGAAUAAAACUAGCUAUAUUCUGAAACACACCCGACUUGUUAGUAGAAAAAGGCGCCAAAUUCAAAGUUUCUCUGGGAAGUCAACUCUUUGCGCCUCUACUGGUGGCAGUCACCCUCUGAAGAGAAGAGCAACCUUUUGCCUACUAAAGAGAUUUUUCGACCAUCUCCAUGCGUCGGAUGAUGGAAAUCAAGGGUUCCAUGGAUUCGUUUGGUUCCAGAUACAUACUUAACAUAAUUCAAAUUCAUCCAGCCAAGCCUUCUAGUCCAUAGCGGGCCAUAAUAAUUUAAUACCAACUGCCUCAGUUAAACAGUAGACCUAUAUACGCUUUUUUCUCAUGUGAAAUUAACUGUAACGUAUGUUUGGAAAUUUUUUAUCUUGUAUCGGAUUGCAAGUGGAUUUUAGAUUAAGAAACAUAUUUUUGAUAUGAUAUUAAAAUGGGAAUUAAAGGUCGUGUCUUGAGCUUAUAAUAAUAUUGAGAUAUUAUUAAAAAGCAAAUUAUAAAUUACGUAUACAUAAAUCUCUGAAAGAUUCUAUAGUCUAGUAGCGUGUAUGAACAGUGAGAAGAUUUCUGGUCUCUUAUAUUAAUGAAUAUAGUUUCGUAUUUUUAAAGAUUAGAAUACAAUGAUAAUUAUUCGGCCCAUAUUUUGUGUGUAGUAUUCGGGCAAUAACUAAUUGUAUGGUCAGUCUAUUUUUUCGAGUAAGGCCAGUAAAACGGUAAUAUGGUCAGUAAGAGCACCUGUUUCUUAUUUGCACUUCAGCAUAUUAUAACUAUAAUAAGUCAAAUCAAUGAAUUGUAUGCAUAACAACUUAUAGUCUGAAGUGACAGAAUGAUUAUAUUCGAACUGAAAUAAUAUUAUUUUAAUCAUUAAGGAAAAUGUCCUAGCACUGCUACUGCUAGUUAUCACCUUGUUUAAGUACAUAAAUGUUUACGUAAUAUUAAUAUGUCAUGUCCCAGGUUUACAUUAUAACUAAGAUUUUAGUAACUCACCUGCAUACUAGAGAUUAAUCUUAAUACAUACAUAGGCUACAUUGCAAAAGGCAGAAAACUAAAAUGUGAAAAUAAGGGUAGCAUGACAACAUUGGGACAUUUUGCUUUUAUUUGAAGUAACAAAGUAUCAAAUUUCGUGUUGCGACAUCGAUGUAACCAAUUUAUUUUAUUUUAUUUUAAUUAUUGAUUACAUUUGCAUUAUAUUUUUUAACAAUACGGUUGUUUUGUUGUAUAUUUAUUGUUUUGUAAUGAUCUCAAUAAUAGUGGUGAGACGCUCAAGAAUUAUGAUUUAGAAUUAAUAGGAUAGGACAUCACACUGGAUUAGUAUGAAACUUGUAUGGCUUCUCUAGGUCAUAAUUGAGAAGUAUAAAAGGAUUUCUCUAGUUUAAUUUAAGGAGAGCCAAAUCAAGAUAAUCUCAUUACUUAUAAUUAAAUGUAAGUAACAUUGCUUAUUAUUAAAUGUUACUUAAAGGACAAAUUAGUGUCUUAUUAUAUUCGUUCAGAAAAAAGGUGAAUAUUCGAGCGUUUUCCUCGGAGAUGCCUAUGAUCGCUGACGGUAGUAAUAGUACAGUCAAAAGUUUUAAUUUGUGACCCAUUUUGUACCUUGUUACAGUGAGGUCUAUAGCGACUAUCACAUUGAUUGUCACUGUGACAAGGUACAGUCGCCAUCAGAUAUAUCGGAGCGGCCGAGCUGCUCAAAAAUAUCUGAAUACGCACUCUAGCGCCUUGACAAUAGAGUCGUGUUCAGAUAUUCGUGAGCGCCUUGGCUGCUCCGAUAUAUCUGAUGGCGACUGUACGAAAUCGGUCAUAAUUUAUUUAAAAUUUAUCGUCAGUACUAUCUUUGGAUGAAAUUAAAAAGGAUAAUUUAAGCCUUUAAGCAGAUAUGAGUAUAAUAGCUUAUUAUUAAAUUUUCUGUUGAGCUAUUGACCAAAAUAAACGCUGAAAGUUUACAAAGAAAGGUUCUGCAAAAUAUCGACUAUUCUUUUGGUGUCUUGGUGUGAUGUCCUAUUCCUAUUGUUCUUUAGCGUUUCAUGUAUUUGACUGAAUAAAUAGAGCUUAAGAUUUACAUUAUAUUAUAAGUUUGAGAUCGUAAUAUUUUUAUAUGCUUUUGAACCUAAAACUUAAGAUAGAAUGUAAGUCAAUUAAUAUGAUAUUCGGCAAUAAACCUUUAGAAUGUGAUUUCUGAGAUAAAAAUAUAUAUUUAAAAAACGAAAAAGAUAUUUGGACAGUAUUUACGAACUCUAAGUAAAAGAGCACUAAGUAUAUCAAAAAAAUUAAAGAACUGUGGGAAGAAAAUAAGGAAAAUAAUAAUAAAAAAACAUAUUUUUCGUACUAAUAUUUAUGUGUUAUUAUUAUAUUAAGAUAAUGUAAGGCAGUUGAAGAUUUGUGAUUAUUAAAUGACAAUUAUAUAAGUUGUAUAACCACUGGAUUCUACGGGCAUUCGAACACAAGUGACAUAAUUAAUAAAUUAGGUACUGCGGUAAAUUCUUAUGAAAAACAUAUCAUAAAACUCUUUACAAAUUUCUAUGAGCUUCAUUAUCAUUAUAACAUUACAGUAAAUGAAAAGAUAUCUCAGUAAGUCAACAAACUGAAACUGGAAACAAAGUAUAUAAAUGUGUCUGUAAAUACUUAUAAUUUCCGGAUUUGUAUGUAGUUAAUGUAAUUAUACAACGCUUUUUUACUUUUGCAUUGGUUUCAAUAUUGAGAUUUAAUAUAGGCUCGGGAAAUUGAUUAUUCCACUAAUCCCAACAGGUCACUGAAAUUAUAUAUUAAUUAUUUUACUAAAAAUUCGGACUUAUUACCGGAAUACUGAAGUUGUUUUGUAUUUUUGGAGCGUCUGACGGAAUCCGGAUGACAUGUCAAUAAAUGCGUGUCUGAUUUGUGAGUAUUUUUUUCCAAUUUGUCGAAUUAAAAUGGUAAAAAUGGACAUACCAAAAAGAGAUACCAACAACGAGUUGCACUAUAUUUUUAAAUUUUGCUUGUUUAAAUGCGUUGUUAAAUUGCAAAGCUAUUACAAAUUCAUCGAUCAUUUUUAUGCAAUCUUUCUAAGGUAUUCUCUAAAAGCAAUGGCACUAAUAUUGUAUUAGGUAUUACAUUCGACCACUCAAUCUACAUUAUAAGAAAAUUAUUGUAAUAAGUUACCAAAGCAAUUUCGAUAAGUUAGAUUAUAGCUAGCUAUGAGAUAAGUGAAACUUGAUAUAUUAUUUUUAUAUGACGUGAUGGAUCCUUAAAAUAUAUGUUUGAAAGCGAGUCAGUACAUGCCAUGAUCUGCUUUAAUAUUGUAUUCAGUAUACUUAUCUCUAUUGAGACUCAAAUUAUAUUCUACUUAGUAGUCUUAACAUUGAAAUCUUAUGAUUCACAUAAAACGUGUGGCUUUAAAACUAAAAUGUCAAAAAUAUUAAUAGUGUUACGCCAUAAUAAUGCUAGAGUAAAAGAGAAUGUUUGCGGACUUCCAUUGGGGAUUAAAUAUAUUUUUUACAAAAUAC